CCUAGCGUAUCAAGUGUCUUUCCGCAUUUGUAGCCACUAGUCAACCUCGCCGCUCCCAACUCUGACAAUUAGUGUAACGCUACCUAAAGUCGAUGUGUAGUUCGCACACUAAGCCGAUCGUCGAAAUAUUGUCCGGGAUCUGAUUGUCAUCCUCAAAACAGCUUUCAAUUCCAGAGGUUUUUUUUUUUUUUGCUGUGAAAUCAUCGUUGGCACUUAUCACCAUGAAGCAGUUGGUGUCUUUUGGAAGGAAAUUGGUCCGUCGGCGGGUGAUGGACUUUAACCAAGAGGAGACCCGCUUUGCUCGCUGCUUGUCCACUCUGGACCUCAUAGCCCUGGGUGUAGGAGCCACGUUGGGAGCUGGUGUGUACGUACUGGCUGGCGAGGUUGCCAGGGAGAAGGCUGGACCUGCUAUUGUCCUCUGCUUUCUGAUUGCUGCUCUGUCCUCUGUUCUGGCUGGUCUGUGCUAUGCUGAAUUCGGUGCUCGUGUGCCCAAGACCGGCUCUGCCUACCUCUACAGUUAUGUGACCGUGGGAGAGAUCUGGGCUUUCAUCACCGGAUGGAACCUUAUUCUGUCCUAUGUGAUCGGGACAGCAAGUGUGGCUCGUGCUUGGAGCUCCACUUUUGAUAAUUUGGUGGAGCAGAAGAUCUCUACGUAUUUCAAGUCGGCAAUGUCUAUGAACGUGCCUGCACUGGCGAAGUACCCAGAUGUAUUUGCCCUCAUCCUAAUCAUGCUUCUCACUGGCCUCCUGACAUUUGGUGUGAAUGAGUCGGCUCUGGUCAACAAAAUCUUCACCGGGAUCAACCUGGUGGUGCUUGGCUUCGUCAUAAUCUCUGGCUUGGCCAAGGGGGAUAUCAAGAACUGGAACCUCACGCAGGAGGACUACCUGUUCCACAUGAACAAGACCAUGACCGAGGGGGAAAUUGAAAAGGCAUUUGGUACGGGAGGUUUCGCUCCUUUUGGCUUCAAAGGAAUUCUUUCUGGAGCUGCGACCUGCUUUUAUGCCUUUGUGGGCUUCGACUGCAUCGCCACCACAAGCGAGGAGGCUAAAAAUCCCAUGCGUUCCAUUCCCAUCGGAAUCGUGGCCUCUCUCCUAAUCUGCUUCAUUGCCUACUUUGGUGUGUCUGCUGCCCUCACCCUUAUGAUGCCAUAUUUUCUUCUUGACACCAACAGUCCUCUGCCCGAGGCCUUCCAAUAUGUGCAUUGGGACCCUGCACGCUACAUUGUAGCCGUAGGUUCUCUCUGUGCACUCUCCACAAGUUUGCUGGGCUCCAUGUUCCCUAUGCCCCGUGUGAUCUACGCCAUGGCUGAGGAUGGCCUGCUGUUCCGCUUCCUCUCGCGCAUGCACGAGAAGACCAAGACACCCAUGAUCGCCACCAUAGUGUCUGGGAUUGUGGCAGCUCUGAUGGCCUUUCUCUUUGACUUGGCGGCGCUGGUGGACUUGAUGUCGAUCGGAACUUUGCUUGCUUACACGCUGGUGGCUGUAUGUGUCCUCAUCCUCCGCUACCAGCCAGGGAGUCUCAGCGCAAACCCUGGUGACCUGAAACUGGUGGAGCUGGAGCGGCUGGAGAAGUCCGACACGACGGAGGGGGACAGCGGGGAUGAGUACAACCAGGACACGGAGACCAAACCUCUGAAGGAGCGCUUCAGCAUGAGGCUCUUGAUCUUCCCUAGGUGUGACCAGCCCACCAACACCUCUGGCAUGAUCGUCUACGGCACCACUGCAACCAUCUCUGCUCUGUUCACGGCACUGUGUGCAGUGUUGGCUCUGAAGGGUGAAGAAGUUAUAGCGGGUGAGCUGGUGUUCAUGAUCCCAGCAGUGAUCUUGGCCAUCCUCUCUAUCGUCUGUGUGGUUAUCAUCUGGAGACAGCCCCAAAGCAUCGAAUCCAUCAGCUUCAAGGUACCCCUUCUCCCCAUUUUGCCUCUGAUCAGUAUUUUUGUUAAUGUCUACCUCAUGAUGCAGUUGGAUGGACCUACCUGGAUUCGUUUUACAGUGUGGAUGGCAAUCGGUUUCGCAAUUUAUUUUUGCUAUGGUUUAAAGAACAGUUCAGAGGGCGCAAAUGACUCCCUUAAGAAGAAGACCCCCAUUUUCUCCGUAGAUGAGGAGAGUGAAGUAGAGGGCAUGACUCCUUAGACAGGAGUGUUGGUGGAGUUGCAUAUAACGUACACAUUACAUUUUGUUGUGUCUGGAGGAGCAAAUUUUAUAGCUGUACACAAUUACCAAGUCUCUUUAGAUACAUAUUUGUGUUAUGCCUUUUAUCUUUGUUUUAUUUGUCAAUUUGUCUGAUAGUUUCUGAAAAAUCAAAGGCCCAAUCAAACCUAUUUUUUCUGACCAUGUUUGAGAAAAUUCUUUUGAAGAUAUCAGUUCUGUUGUAUGGAGGUCUGUUACCUUGGUUUACAGUUCAAUAUGAGAUAUUUGGAGCCUUUACAACUUGCAGUAUACGUUGAAGAUGGUACACAUGAUUGUAAAGAUGGGAGUCUACAUAGCAUGGGUUGUUGAACAUGUGACAAGAUAUGUAUCUGUUAUCUAAAGUUACAUGAUAAUGGCUUGUAACUAGCCAAAAACCAUUAGCCAGUAAUCAGCCACAGCAAAGCUUUUGCUUUUCUGCCUUCUCAAGCAAUUGUGGAGCCCAUUUGAUCCCAUGCUUAUCUCACACAUAUUGGCACAAAUUGUUAAGGGGUGACAGGGUAUGUUUUAGAGUAUGUUUCAAAAUGCACAGCAUUUUGUUGGUUUGCAGUUAUCUAUGAUUAGUCACUGAUUAAUUAGGGAUUAUAUUAUAUUGAUGAAUUAUGCAGUGCUGAUUUGUUAUAGCCCGUUAACGAAUAAUGCUGCUUUCCCAGGACUGCUAUCUCUAUUACAUACAUGUUUUUAGCCUCAUUGUCAUGAAUAGAAAUCUACCUUUUCCAUUUGAUCUGUGCUUAAUGAGAGGAGAAGGGAUUAUCCCAGUAUCUGCACCAAAAGAUACUUGAACAUAGUAGGCUGAUUUCAUAGACAAGGACUGAAUCUGAUUUUAACAUUUGAUCUGCGAUCCCAGUUCAUGAAACCAACCCAGCAAGUUACAAACUUGACUUUCCUGUCCACAGAUGGGUCAUAAUUUCUCUUACAGAGGAAUAUAUUUAUUUCUGGCAAGGUUUCAAAACAAUCAAUUUAUUACUAUUUAUAACAAUACAUGCAUGUAUAUUUUUGUUAAAUGCAUUGAUAUUUAUGUAUGGUAUAAUUGGUUAUUAAGGAUUUCAUUUUAUUUUUAUUUUUUCAAAUUGCCCCUUGGUCUGUUUUAACUUGUUAAUUUGCUAUGUGAAUUUAAAAUUGAGAGAAAUAUUUUUAAAUCUAUGCUUUUUGUCUGUAAUCCAAAAUCAUUCAUCUAUUUUAUAGUUGUAUAUAUGUUUGUGUAUGUACAGAACUACCUGUGUUUAAAACGUAUAACACUAUAGCUUUAAGGUAUUUGUGAAUUUUAAAAUGUUAUGUAUGUCUUCUUUUUUACUAAUUGUUCAUUCCUUAUGUUGGGCAUUUUCUUUUGUUUUCUAAUGAAAUGAAAGCUUUAGCUUUGUCAGCAUUUGCCCAAGAUGUAACCGCAAGCCUUGUCACACUGUGCCUGUUUCUUAUUGGUUUACAGCUGAUAUCUUGUAUGGUUUUACCUUGAAUGCAGAGCUUAGUCUGUUACAACGAUGUUGACCAUAUAUGGGAUUAUUUCAAAUAUCGGUAAAAACCUUGUGGUAUGGUUUUGAGUAUUGAAUGGUCUGUAACUGUUUUGUUUCUCACAUAAUCUUUGUUUAAAAGAUAUUUAAGAAAUCAGAUACUCUGGGCACAAUUACAUAGAGAUACUGUAGCUAUUACGGUUGUCCAGUUUUGAACAUUAUUACGGACCAUAGUAUUACAACAUACAUGUUUAAACCCUUAUACUUGAGGUCUGACUUGUGAACUGACAAUGUUUUACAUUUGUCUCAGUUUUUGCAUACGCAAGUGUCCGUAUACUUGUUGAUUGUACAGUAAUUGUUUACACGUUUUCUUUUUUGUCUGUUUUUUUCUUACUAAAUUAGUUUAGUUUAUUUAGUUUUACCCCUCAUCCAAUGCUGUCAUUUUGUGUUGAACACAAGCAAUUUGCAAAGAUCUUUUCACUUCAAGUGUUAAAACCAGUAUAUCUUUAAAUGUAUAUAGCAUCUAAUAGCCUAUUAAUCUUUAGUUUUGUUCCUGAUCUGGAAUCACUAACAAUGUUGUUAGGCUAGAAUACACCACCGUUACAUUUGGGUACAAAUCUAUCAACUGUUAUUUGUAAAUAUGUGUAAGUAUUAGAACAUGAGCUGUAUAUAGAUGUAAUUUUCUUUAGUAAAGCUGUUUUGACAAAUUC